UGUCAGGGGCAAACUCCACAGGCUGUAAAAACAAAACUGCUUCAUUACUACAAUCUCGACUGUGAAACGAAACGGAAAACAGUGUGAUGGAGUCUCCGGUGAAGGAUUCUCCGGUCAGAGCAGGUUAUCACAGACUGGAGAUCCAGAAAACGACGUGGGAUGUCCCGGAGAGGUACGAGACGCUGCGCUCUGUGGGCUCCGGAGCGUACGGGACAGUCUGCUCUGCCACCGACCAGAAGACCAAGGAGAAGGUGGCCAUCAAGAAGCUGCAUCGGCCUUUCCAGUCCCUCAUCCAUGCUAAACGGGCUUAUAGGGAACUCAGGCUGCUCCGCCACAUCCAGCAUGACAAUGUGAUCUGUCUCCUGGACGUCUUCACACCGGAUUCCACACUGGAAAGAUUCACAACCUUUUACCUAGUAAUGCCAUUAGUAGCCCAAGACCUGAGCCACAUUAUGAAGAGGAGAAGAUUGACUGUUCGCAUUAUCACAUACCUGUUCUACCAGCUUCUAAGAGGACUCAAGUACAUUCACUCUGCAGGGAUCAUUCAUCGGGAUCUGAAGCCUGGUAACCUCGCUGUGAAUGAGAACUGUGAAUUAAAGAUCCUGGAUUUUGGCUUGGCGAGACAGACAGAGAGUGAGAUGACUGGUUAUGUGGUAACACGAUGGUACAGAGCACCAGAGAUCAUAUUCAACUGGAUGCACUACAGUCAGACAGGUGAUGAAAUCAUCUUACUUUAUCUUGUCAUUGUGUCCAGUAUUGCAGCUGUAAGUUGUGACAAAAUAUUAAAUGUAACUGUCUCUCUAUUGCUCUCGCUCUCAGUCGAUGUCUGGUCAGCCGCCUGUAUCCUGGCAGAGAUGAUUACUGGCCAGGUACUUUUCCCAGGACACGACAGUAUCGAUCAGCUGAAAAAGAUCCUUCGCCUGACAGGAACACCAGACUCCUCCCUGGUUCAGAAGAUGCAGAGUAAAGACGCGCAGUCAUAUGUGCAAGGUCUCCCUCCACAAAAGAAGAAAAACUUCAAGGAUGUGUUUCUGUCCAUGGAAGAAAAUGCUGUCGACCUGCUGGAGGGGAUGCUGCUGCUGGAUCCAGAGACGAGGCUGACAGCGAAGCAGGGUCUCCCCCACCCCUUCCUGGCUGAAUACCAUGACCCAGAGAGUGAGACGGACUCUGAGCCUUAUGACGACUCCUUCGAGAGCCUGGAGCUGGCUGUUGGCGAAUGGAAGAGUCUUAUCCACAUGGAGAUCAUGACCUUCGACCCUGACAACCCCAGUAAAACAGCUAUGUAGGAUGCUGUGAUGAGUAGUGUUUGGUUUAAUAUCCACACGUGAGGUAAAGGUCAACGAUUCAGUGAAACAAAAACAAAAAAAAGAAUAUUAAAUAUAUCCUGUCCUGUUUUGUGCAUCUGACAUGUAUGUGCAGUUGAUAAAGUUGAUGGUAGCAAUACUAGCUUGAUGAAUUAAUGGAUCUGUUUGACCAAAAGCAUGUAAACUUUGACAUAAAA